AUGUGUGGAGAGAUCGUUACUCUUGACAUCUUUUCUCCCAGUCCUUCCCUGUUUAUCAUAACAGACCAUGUACUUUAUGGAGUGAAUCAUAGAGCUUUUGUCCCCAAGGAUGGAUGUUCUCUAGUAUCAGUGGUGGAUAACAGAGAUACGCUUUGGACUGGUAAGGACGGUGAAGAGUUUACUGGUGUUCAUCAGUAUUCCAGGGAGGGGUACCCCUCUCUUCUCGGCAUUUACAGUAAAGAUGAUGAGUCAAGAAGAGAAGUAUGCCUAGAAAAGAAUGAUGAUAAAUGGAAGGUUAUUGACAAGCUUGAAUUUGAAACUAAACUUUACUCAAUGAAAGACUUUGCUGUACCAAUUAGGGGCUCAGAUAGCACUGUAUAUGGUAGUAAAGAACUUGUGGAACGACUGGAUGAUUCCAAGAUUGAACUAGAAUUCUCUGAUGAGCCUUUGGAAAAUGCAAGUGAUCAAGCAUUUACAACUGGAACAGCAUCAGAAUAUACAAUGAAACCUUUUGCAGAAAAUAUGAAGGAACUUGAAUAUUUUAGGAAAGUUCUACUAACAAAGACACCGCUCCCAGUUGUCGACGAGUUUACUCUUGACAUUUCCAACGCUCCAGAUGAACAUUUCAUAAAACUUGUUGAUGACGUUGAUAAUGGCUAUAAGCAGAAGAAAUACUCUCCUCUCUAUGGAACCUACAAGAGGACAAUAGAUGGGACAUUCAACAAGGUUGUAGAUGGUCCCGCUGUUAUAUGGAUAGCACAGCCAAACGAGAGAUGCGGAUACGUCAGUUGUUUGACAAAGGACAAUAAACCAGAACUUGUGACAGUGGCAGUUUGCGGAAGGAGUGACUUUGUCGCAUUCGAUCGUUUUGCUAAAGAUGCUUCUGGAUCGUGGACGAGUAUAACCGUUGAAGCAUUUGAGAGGAAAAUGCAGACAAUCAAGACCACGAAAAAGCGCUGUGGCUGUCUUCCAAAAUGCUGGUAG